GCACUUUCUUUCAGCUAUGGCUGUACUCCCGUGAUGUUUAGUCCAUAACAUCUAUGGCGUCGUCACUUGGCCAGCCUUAGCCAGCCUGUCGUGGCUUCUUUGUAUGUUUCCUGCUGCUGUCUCCGCUGCUGGUUCACCCAUGGGUCAGAGAGCGUUCACGGUCGCCCCGCCCCCAAACUUUAGCAAGUGAUUAAUAUGACGUAAACUAGAGUUACGCAGCUCCGACUUCCUACGGUCGCAGACGGUCUGAAAUUCAAAGACGUAUAUUAGAGGAGUACCAAGUGUAACAAUGUCAACAAGUCUCAAACUGCCUAUGUUGCCAAAUUAGGUCGAUUUCACGGAUUGGGUACUGACUCAGGCUACGCUCUACUGCAUAUCGAUAGACAUCACUGCAUAAUACUGUUUUAAAAGAAAGCAGUUUUGCACAUACAGUAAGUGAAAUAAAACUAUUAAUAUUAAAACUAUUUUUUCAGCCAAAGUAAAAUCAACAAGAGCUAGUAACAAAUUAUGAUAAUUUUAAUAACGACAGUAGUGUUGUAUAUGAGGUUUUAGUACUGUAGUUGUACUACAGAUUCAUAUAGUACUGUAUAUACAUUUCAUAAAGAAAGCCGGCGAAUUAUUAUCGUCACAAACAUUCGUACUAUUUAACAAAAUAGGCAAAAACUUCAGAAUGUAAAACAGAUGUCGCCGAAUAAACCAGCCCUAAAUCCGGCCAGGGCAGUAAAACAUGUAUUAAAGAAAGAUAAUUUAUUUUGAAGUUUUACUUCCGUUUUACACGUUUCCUUCGAAGGGAUGUGAUGAGUGUAGUUAAUAUUUGUGUCCACAGAACGUCGCUGUUUCUCUUGCAAUGCAGUUGAACUAGUUUUAUUUUAUUAUUAUCAUUAUUGUUAUUUAGAAUGUUAUCCUUUCUGCAUAUUAACGAUGUUUUCAUUUAAUUUGUGAAUUUGUUCAUUUGUAUUUCCACAUUCAAGUAAAGAGUGAAACCACUUUAGAAAGAAAAGUGGCGAAAUAUUUGCAUAAUAUUUUUGAUUGGACAGGGAAUUAAAACAGUGAACAGGGACUAUGGAAGAGAAAAAAAGAAGGCAAGAAAACAGUAAAACAAACAGGAUCGCAAGGGAGCAGGGAGGAAUAGACAAGUCAACAGGUGAAAUUAAUGAGUCAUAGGUAACAGCAGGGCAGAGCUGCGGGUAAUUUACAGGAAGAUCACACGUGACAAACAUGGAAAAGACAACAGACAACAGAGAUACAUGACAUAAAUAAGGAAACCGAAAAAAGAAAUGGAAAAUCAGAAAAGGAACAAUAAAACACGGGGGGUUAAACCACAAAUCUAAAUAUCUUAUUAUAACCAAAACAUACAGUAAAUAUUAAAAUUAUUAACCAAAGGUUGAACUUGUGAACAAUGAUCAGGUGUCAGGGGAAAGCUGAUUGUUUUGGUGUAGUAUGAGUGGCUUUUCCUGUAAAUGGGCGUGUAUUUAUUUCGUAUGUAAGAUUACGAUUCAGAAUAAGAUGGCAUGGGGAGUCGUUCCUGUCUUCCAAGUGCAUUUUAAUUUAAUUUGCAGAUAAUUUUGUCCUUAAACUGGGGCAGUACAACAGGAGUGGCCACAUGUGUCUGUCACACACUGCAGUGACAACAGUACUGGGACUUUAAAUCCAACUGAUAAGGAAUUAGAUGAUACUGGAGGCUGUGAUAUAAUUAUCAGUACUGGACAGAAUGCAAUGUCUCUGUCUGCUAAUGCACAAAAAAUACAAAUACUUCAGUGUGGGUGAGUCAAAUUGCUCAAUCGAAGCCAGGGAAUUACGCCUGGUGUCAAAUAAGUGACGAUCAUUGGGGGGCGGAGACAUUUCAAGGAGGGAGGAGGGGUGUCGCGAGGUAGAAUGAAUAGACGUCGUGUCCUGGAGCACAUAAUCACUCACACUCCGUAAAGAACACAGGGAUACGUACCAUCAGCAUCCACAUGGUACACGGGAGAACCGUCAUGGGGGGAAAUGAGCCCCAGUGCCACUCCAGUGCCAGUGGGUACAGAUAGCUGAGGACGCAACAACCUGUGGUCUCCACAUGAGUAGGGACAGCGGGGAUACGGGCUGUGGCGCUGGAGUUGUGAAACAGUAUGAAGGCAGCGGAACCCGCUUCUGAAGGUCUGUGGGCGCCUCACUGAGACUAUGGAUCACUUUUUUCGGAGGAAGCGGCUCGGUCUGCUGAAAUCGCUGCUCAGCCUGUCUCUGGUCUUUGUGUCUUUUGUGAUGAUCCAGAAACUCAAGCUGGCGGAGAACGUCGGAGACAAACAGCCGAACGAUGCUGACUGGUGUGUCCCAGAGUGCUUCACGUUUAAGAAGGGAAUCGUUGCUAAACCUGCACCCGAGAGCUCCGUCUCCACCGUGCGUAACAGGGAGUUGGACGCGCAACGGAGUUCCAACGGCACUCCGACUCACUGGGACGCGCAGGUUCUCAACUGCAGUGAGGACGCGUCAGUUAAGACCAAGGACUGGUUUCAGCGACUGGACUCCAGGUUUCACCAGUUUGUGCUGCGCAGACACUGCAGGUACUUCCCCAUGCUCAUCAAUCACCCGGAGAAAUGCACAGACGGAGACGUGCACCUCCUCAUGGUGGUUAAGUCCGUCAUCGAGCAGCACGACCGACGGGAAGCUGUGCGUAAAACCUGGGGCAAGGAGCAAACGAUUAAUGGAAGGAAAAUCAAAACACUGUUUCUGUUAGGGAAACCGUCCACAGGCAAAGACGACAAAAACCUGCAGAAACUGGUCGAGUUCGAAGACUCGCUCUACGGGGACAUCCUGCAGUGGGAUUUCAUGGACACCUUCUUCAACCUGACCCUGAAGGAGGUCAACUUUCUCAAAUGGUUCCACAUCUACUGUCCCAGUGUCCAGUUCAUAUUUAAGGGAGAUGAUGACGUGUUUGUGAACACGCAAAACCUGCUAGAGCUCAUAGACUUCAAAGUGGACGAGGACAAGGUGGGCGACCUAUUUGUGGGGGACACCAUCGCCAAGGCGACCCCCAUCCGAAACAGGCAGAGCAAAUAUUACAUCCCCAAAGAACUUUACGACAAGCCGUACCCGCCCUAUGUCGGCGGUGGGGGGUUUCUGAUGUCCUCCGUAGUCGUCAGGAAGCUGUUCAUGGCCUCGGAGAAGCAGGAGUUAUACCCCAUCGAUGACGUGUUUUUGGGCAUGUGCCUGCAGAAGCUUGCCAUAAGCCCACAGAUGCACCCUGGCUUCAGGACCUUCGGCAUCACCAGGCGCAGGGUGAGCACCAUGAACAACGAGCCAUGCUUUUACAAAAGCCUCAUAAUGGUGCACAAACUGAGCGCACCAGACCUGAUCAAAAUGUGGAACGUGGUCCAAAGCAAGGACCUGGUUUGUGCGCAGAGGUCUUCAAUAUGACAAGGACAUGAGGACUUAUUUAGGGCCAUCAGACAAAAACUGGACAUCAUUUCACUGGAUAAGACUGAUGGUGUGAUAACAGUGCCCUGCCUGAGUGCAGUUUUCUUUAUGAAACCACUACCAAAAGAUUGUAUCAUAGGUUUCUGGUUCUUUGUGCCAUUCCAUCUGGAAGUCCCUGAGUCAGACUGUCUCAACACGACAUAGAAGUAAAAUAGUAACUGUUUUUCUUUACUUGUUUAAAAUCCAGCACAUUUUUUUUCUUUAAACUUCAGGCUUUUUAAAAAAAGUGUCUGUCAAUGUAACUGUAAGAGAAUUAAAGAAAUAUUAUGUCUAUUUUUGUGUUUAUGGUUUUCGGACAAUAUGCAGAAAAACUGUUCCGUCUGUUUCGAUGUAGAUUCAUGUACGAUACUGUUAAUAAAACUACAAAUACAGA